UCAGGUUCCUGAAUAACACAGUGUCGCUCUCAACUAAGAGAAACUGCCUUUCCCGUGAACUGUUAACUGCACAGGCUUGUCUGAUGCAAUCGGUAAUAUUAAAACUAGACGACGUGUGAGUGGGACGGCUGUUUUGCAGUCAACUUCAGGCGAGUCGACACGACCAUGAGCACCGGAGACAUCUACACGUCAGAGAAGAGGGGGGACGACAAAGGAGGGGAUGGUACAAAGGAGACGCCCUUCAAGACAGUUCUCCAGGCUAUGCGCCAUGUCGGAGGAGAGCCGUUCCCCACGAUACACGUGGACGCGCGAGACGAGACGAGAUCGACUGAGGCUUAUGACGUCAUUUCCAAGUCUCAGUACAAAAAGUGUUUGAAACUUUGGCAGAAGGAGCAAAGCAGCGCAGAAAGGAGAUCGACCAAAGAGGCGGAGGACGCAUUGCGGACGGAGAGGAACCUGGCAGAAGCCAGAAAGGUGACAAUAAAAUUGGAUGCCAGUCUUCCAAAGCCGAAACAAAUACGGAUAAGGGAGGCUACUCAAAACCGCAAUAAAAGGGUCAAGGUUCAAGGAUGGGUACAUCGCUUGAGAAGGCAAGGAAAGAACUUGAUGUUUGUGGUGUUGCGGGAUGGAAGUGGGUUCUUGCAGUGCGUGCUACAUGACGUACAGUGUCAGACCUACGAGGCAUUGACUUUGGCGACAGAGGCUACCGUUGCUGUGUACGGCGUCAUCAAAGAGUUGCCACCUGGAAAGACUGCACCUGACAGCCAUGAACUGGAUGCAGACUAUUGGGAGCUGAUUGGAACAUCCCCGGCAGGGGGCGCUGACAACCUACUGAAUGAGGAGGCCCACGUGGACGUACAGCUGGACAACAGGCAUAUGAUGCUGAGGGGGGAAAACACGUCUCGGGUGAUGAAGAUGCGCUCUAUCAUCAUGCAGUGUUUCAGGGACCACUACCAAGAUCGGGGCUACUUUGAGGUGACUCCCCCGACCCUGGUACAGACGCAGGUGGAAGGAGGGUCGACGCUUUUCAAGAUCCCCUACUUCGGGGAGGAGGCUUACCUGACCCAGAGUUCCCAGUUAUACCUGGAGACAUGUCUGCCAUCUCUCGGGGACGUCUUCUGUAUCGCCCAGUCCUACAGGGCAGAGAACUCCAAGACAAGACGCCACCUAGCGGAAUACACACACAUAGAGGGUGAAUGUUCCUUUAUCGACUUCGAUGGCUUGCUUGACCGACUGGAAGACUUGGUGUGCGAUGUCGUGGACAGAGUGAUGAAGGGCCCUCACGGUCAGAUUGUAUACGAACUGAACCCAGACUUCAAGCCGCCAAAGAAGCCAUUCCGGAGAAUGCAGUACACUGAGGCUCUGACGUACCUCAAGGAACACGACACCAAGAAGGAAGACGGCAGCUUCUAUGAGUUCGGAGAUGAUAUCCCAGAAGCACCCGAGAGGAAGAUGACUGACCAGAUUAACGAGCCCAUCUUCCUGUGUCGCUUCCCAGCUGAGAUAAAAUCCUUCUACAUGCUGCGAAGCCAGGGCGACCACAGACUCACAGACUCGGUUGACCUCCUGAUGCCCAAUGUAGGGGAGAUAAUCGGUGGGUCCAUGAGGAUAUCCGGUCAGGAUGAGCUGGAGGCUGGGUUCAAGAGAGAGGGCAUUGACGUCACGCCCUACUACUGGUACAUUGACCAGAGGAAAUACGGAACCUGUCCCCAUGGGGGUUACGGUCUGGGUCUGGAGAGAUUCCUGUGUUGGCUGCUGAACAGAUAUCACAUCCGGGAAGUCUGUCUGUAUCCCAGAUUUGUCGGCAGGUGCAGACCUUGAGCGAAGUGACAUUGGAGCACAGAUAUAUGCAGGACACGUUUCACAGCAUUCUGUUUGUUUGUUGCAAGUUUGUGUCAUUCUGGUAAUCAGUACACUGUUUGUAAUUUUUAACAGCUUCCUUGAUGUUUACAUUGGGAAAAUACCCCCCAUUAUAUUCUUAUACAUCUCAGACUAUUGGUUACCGCUCGCAUUGUCACGGUAACCUACUCGGCAAGGCGUCAAUGAUUUAUUAGUAUUUCAUUUCAUUAAGGUUUUGGUUUUUCCAUUGUUAAAUCUUAAUCACUUUGAUUAAAAAGGGGGUUAUAAAAUAUCGGCCUAAUUUCAUAAUUUUAUUUUCUGUUCAGUCAAGUCUUCCGAAGUAUCUCAAUGAAUGCACAUCAAAUAUUUAAUCCUUUUAUAUACUUUAACUUUGAUAUGUGGUUUUAAACAUGAUAGAAUAUGAAACAGAUAAAUUUCUUAUCAACAGAUACUUCCUUAAUAUACAUAUAUUGCAAUAACAAUUAAACAAUGCUUUGAUUGUGUGUCAGAAUCUGUUUAAACACUGUGGUGUUAAAUUAUCUCCAGGCGCUCUCAAUACAACUGUUGCCUACAUAAUGUAUUGUGACCCUAUUAAAUAAACAAUAAACAUGUUUAUAUCACAAUCAA